AUGCCUCCAACCGGUGUCAGCAGUAAGGCUGAAAAGUCCUUGGCCCUCUUCUGGGGCUGUGAGUUGAACUGGGAUAAUCGCUCGUACACCUUUGACCCCUUGGAAGAUGACAAGACUGGCCAUAAGUUAAUGCUGAACGUGAUCUGCAUAGGGGAGAAGAACAAUAAUGAUGUGAACGUAGUGGAGAUCGUACCACCCCCUGAUGAGGAUGGCAGGGAGAGGCGAGCACUUCCCAUUGCCACACUCAAGCUCUCCGUCUUGCCCAUGGCCAAUAUUUCAGGAAUGGAGCUUACUCCCCCCAUCACUUUCCACCUUCGGAGUGGCUCAGGACCAGUCUAUAUCAGUGGCCGCGAUCUUACCGUGAAUUUAGACCCGCCCUUGGAGAAAGGAGAAGGGAAUGAGGAGGAAGCUGAAGAGGACGCUGAGGAGGAAGAAGAUGAUGACUAUGAUGAUGAUGAUGAAGAUGAUGAUGACGGCGACGACGACAACGACGACGAUGAUGAUGAUUCUAAUGAGAGAUCCCUGGAAGAGACCCCUCCACCUAAGCCAGCCAAGCGGCGGGCCUCCAACACUCAGGCUGGUGGUGUUGCAAAGAGUCCCAUCCCUGAGGAGCCCCGAAAUGAAGGCCAAAGGCAAGAAGGCAAAGAGCAGACCCAGGAAAUAAAGGCAAUCUGCAAGAGAGGUGGUAAAGGUGAGUGA